UGGGAAAUGACGUGUUCAUGUUUGCACAACGUCGCCAUCUCGUGCGUACUCGACGUAUUACUCUACUGUACUCCUUAUUAGCUUGAAUGAAACCAUACUGGCGCUUCAGCUGAUUCCAGAAGUCUGAAAGAGGAGGGGAGGAACAUGAGCAGUCAGGAGGAGCUCUAUCAUGACUGGAUGGACAGCCACGAUGGAUCCUCUCCAACUAGAAAUGCCAGAACCAGUUUGGGCCGAUCUAAUCGCCAACUCUCUCUGGGAGAUGCGAGCCUUAUAUCGAAUUCCUCCAUUCAGGACACCUCACAGCUCUUCCCACUCAUGGAGACCAAGCUGUACAAGCGCCGUUGGGUCAUGCUGUUCCUCUUUUGCAUCUACUCCUUGAGCAAUGCCAUGAUGUGGCUGCAGUACAGCAUAAUUGGCAACAUUUUCAAGCGCUUUUAUAAUAUUGGCACCUUGGCUUUGGACUGGCUCUCCAUGAUUUAUUUCUUCACCUACAUCCCUCUCAUCGUUCCCGUCAUGUGGAUGCUGGACAACCGAGGCCUCAGGGAAGUCAUCGUGGUUGGCUCUGCCGUCAACUGCAUCGGCGCUUGGAUCAAAAGCAGCACGGCUCACCCUGACUUGUUUGCUGUCACUUUCCUCGGGCAGUUUGUGUGUUCAGUGGCCACUGUUUACACCCUUGGCAUCCCAUCGAGACUUGCUUCUUUGUGGUUUGGGCAGCACGAGGUUUCCACUGCCUGUUCGAUUGGCGUUUUGGGAAACCAGAUGGGCAUUGCCAUUGGGUUUCUGAUCCCGCCCAUCCUCGUGCCGAAUGUAGACGAUAUGAAUGAGCUGGCGCACCACAUUAAGAUCAUGUUCUACAUCAGUGCUGGACUGGCCACCAUCAUUUUCAUCCUUGUGGUCAUUGUUUUUCAGGAGAAACCAGAGCUUCCUCCCACACAGGCCCAAGCUCAGGCCAGGUGCAUUACUCCAGAGCAGUAUUCUUACCUGGCUUCGAUUUGGAGGCUGCUGCGUAACAAGCCCUUCAUGCUGCUUGUUGUCAGCUAUGGACUGAAUGUUGGCUGCUUCUAUGCUGUUUCCACACUACUGAAUCGAAUGAUCAUUGAACACUAUCCAGGAGAGGAGGUAAAUGCAGGCAGGAUCGGUCUGACCAUUGUCAUUGCUGGCAUGGUCGGGUCGCUCAUAUGUGGCAUUUGGCUGGACAAGACUAAAACCUACAAACAGACAACACUGGUCGUGUAUCUCCUCUCCCUCAUCGGGAUGCUGGUGUACGCCUUCACCCUCAACGUGGGUCACCUGUGGGUGGUGUUUAUCACAGCUGGUGUUUUAGGCUUCUUCAUGACCGGUUACCUUCCUCUGGGCUUUGAGUUUGCAGUAGAACUCACCUACCCAGAAUCAGAGGGGACCUCAUCUGGACUCCUCAACUGUUCAGCUCAGAUCUUUGGAAUCAUCUUCACUAUUUCCCAGGGAAAGAUAAUUGACAGAUGGGGUACUUUGGCGGGAAACAUCUUCCUGUGUGUCUUUCUGCUGAUAGGAACUGUAAUGACUGGAUUGAUCAAGUCUGACCUCCGGAGGCAGAAAGCCAACCAACAGGCUGAGGGACAAAUAAUUAGUCCUGCAGGCUCAGAGACAUCGGUGCAGGACUACGGGGGCACAUCUUGCAGCAGCCCCUGGCAAUGGCAGUCUUGACACAAACCUACAAGCUCACUAAAAAACAAAACACACAUCUGCCAAGAAAAUGUCAGCCGUUCGAGAUGAAAACAUCUCUCCUCCUGAAAUCCUGAAAGAAGGAAAGCUUUAAAUAAGAAUGCAAGAAGUAGUCAUGUAUUCUGCUAUGAGGUCUUGUCCAGGCUGAUUGGUCGCGGUACCAACUGACAACCCUGCUCCAUAUUUGUUGCAUUGUGCAACAUGAUGUACCGUGAAGAUAUUGACACUUUACACACAUACUGUACACUCUCACACUUACACUAAUCCCAAAACAAACACAAGUACAAUGCACUUCAACCUCAUAUGUCUUUACAUUCCUUUGUUAAUGGAAAACUGCACUUUUUUGGGGAAUUUUGCCCAUCAUCCACAAUCCUUAUGUGAGACAUGAACGCACGUCUUUCUCUUUUCUGUGCCUUCUUAAGAUAUAAAAACAGAUAAACAGAGACAGCUCAUUACUGCUCAUAAUUGGACACACCUAUGCCGUCUACAAAGACUUCUAUUCAAGCACCUUCAAAAACCUCCAACCCGGUUUUAUGGUUUUGUAUACAUACUAUAACAAUGUACAGUAGUGACAGGCACAUUGGUGAUAACCAGGAAUACUUACAGUAUUUUGCUUAAGUGCUUUGAGUGCCUUAGUGGUGGAAAAGCACUAUACAAGUGAAAGACCAUUUACCAUUGAUCAUUUGCUAUAUUUUGGUCCCUCCAUAGCAACAUAGAAACGAACGCCUGCACCUUGCAUUAACUUUUCCAAACUCAAAAACAAAAACAGCAGGUGUAACAGCAGCUCCGAUAUGUAGCGUGACCUUUUGGUAGUGGCCAGAGGCGCUGUGAACGCGGCGCUGAGGCGCUGUGGGUGAGAGUGUGGUGAAGUUAGUUGCUAGCUGGCUAGUAGCUAGCCGGUAUGGUGUCGCAAGGUCUCAAUACACCAGUAACGUAGUUCGAUAGGCGUAACAAUGUUAAUAAUAAUAAUGUUGCUGUAGCUUGGUUAAUAUGCACUUCACAUUCUGUGUAAAUUGAGCAUUGUUGGCGCUUUUUGGAGGUUUUUUCAGAAGGCUUCAUAGGCAGAAUAGGCGUUUCCCUUUAUGUGAAUUCCCAGCAGUGUCUCUUUAGCUGUUUUUUAUCUUUAGAAUGCACAGAAAAAAGACGUGUUUAUGUCUCACAUAAGGAUUGUGAAUGAUGUGCAGUUUUCCUUUAAGCUUAAAUUAUUAACUUAUUUUUUAAUGACUGCUACACCAAAACCUUUUGAAUUAGUGUCAAUGGUGUGUUCUGUCACUACUAAUGAGCAAUAUUUUAAAGGUCCUCUAUUAUGCAGAAUUAUUAACUAAAAUUAUGUUAUACCAGUUGGCCGCACAGUGGCCUAGUGGUUAUCAUUAGCUUCACACUCAGGAGAUUGAGGAGCUUCCUCCCACAUCCCAAAUAUACCUGUACAGUAUGCAUGUUAGACUAAUUGGACACUCUAAAUUGUCCAUUGGUGUGGAUGUGAGUGAAUGCUUGUGUAUUUGUAUGUGUCCUGUGUCUGUGUGGCGACCAUUUCAGAGUGUACCCUGCUCGUCGCCCCAAGUCAGCUCGGAUCGUUCACCCGCGGCCCAGAUGUAGACAAAGCGGGAUAGAAAAUGGAUGAAUGAAUUGAGUAUUGUGUCACUAGAGCCUGUUAAUGAUGCCCAAACGUGACAAAAAUUGAUCAUCUCGUUGAUUUGUUUGCUCCACUUUUGAGAGCAGAGGCGUUAAGGUCGCUUUUGAAGUUCCUGGUUUGAAUGAAAAACCUCCUUGCUCACGGACAUGAUACUGCCUCUGACCCGCCCCUAACUAGAUAAACCUGCUCCGUUUAUACAACCGCCCCUUUAUGGAGGACAGCUUUGUAAGAAAAAGCAGGCUUCACUACACAUCUGAAAAUGAAGCCUGGAGCUCUGCUGACUAUCCAUCAGUCCGCUACAGACGUGGGAGCUAUCAGUUUGAUCAUUUCUUCAGCGAAUAGGCUAACCAAGCAUGAUGGUUCUGUUCAAAUGUGACUGUAAUGUUAGCACUGUAGCACACAUUGCUAUGCUAGUGUUGCUAUCGUUUGUGUCCUCCUGUCCCACUUUUAAUAUUUUGUUGUUAUGAUAGAUGACAUAUAUUAUGUUGCACAAGUGAAGAGUUUCACUGUUUAUGUAAGGAGUGGAUGAAGUGCACAAUAGUGCUUCUUGGAGUCACACACUCUUGUCAACAGGCGUACAAACACAGCUCAUUAGCAUUAAAACUACAGACACUCAAAACCCGGAGUUCCCUUAGGGCUUUGUAAAAGCACUGUUUUUGCCAACACUGAAAUACACUAUUGUCGGACCUUUGAGACGUAUUUAAAAUUGUUGGAAACUUCAAUAAUAUGGGACAUUUAAUGGUGAAGGUUAACAGGACAGCUGUGUGUUUUCCUGUCAUGGCAGCUGGAAGGCUUUUUCUGCUUGCCACGCUGGAUCACACAAACGUAUUACCUCAGAAUUCUACUAGUUGCAAUAACUGUUGAUGCUGUGCAUCUUGUGUAUGCUUGAGAAGGUCAGUUUUGUCCAUGUUUUACUGUAAGAGACCUCCUCCAGACCUGGCAGGAACUUGGAUUGGUAUCUGCUUCACUGUGCAAGAGGAGGCAAAUGGGUCAUUUAGCAUGAGAAAAAUGACACAUAUUUCAUUAAAUAAAUUGUUCUAUACACAGGUUACACUGUAAAGGUGUAGUGUGCAUAGUUUGUGAUGAAGUUAUUUUAUGUCAUAUGUGGCUUGUUGUGAUAACUUUUUUUUUUAAAGAUGAUGCAAUUGUUUGGGGUGCUAAUUUAUCAUGUUGUGGAAUUUAAGGACAAAGCUGUGAAGCUUGACUGGAGGGGAAUGAUUUUCACGACACACAGAGCAAACACAAAUGAGUGGGCUCAGUGGAGUUUCUUUUCCAUUGUUUGUCUAAAUAAACCUUUUAAAACUGAACAAAGAA